UUCACUCCACUCUUUUUGACCCCCACCCUUCCCUCUCCUUCUCAUUCACCUUCUCUCUCUCUCUCUCUCUCUCUCUCUCUAAAACUCACAUCAUUCCCCCUCAGAGUCAGAGCUCCUCUCUCUAAUGGUAGAGGUAGACCUGAAAUGAAAGUCUAAAACUAACCCAUUUUCUAGUUUCCAAAACUUUUAAAGAUGAUAACUCUGAAUACUCACCCUCACCCUCAUCCUCACCCACAUCUUCUUCUUCACCACCACCACCACCACCACCAGAAGGUUAUAGUUUUCUUCUCUUUCCACAACUUCCUCCUUUUCCUCAUCUUUUUCUCUCUAAAACCUUCCUCAUCAUCAUCAUCAUCAGCUGCUGCUGCUGCUGUUGUUGGAGACUCACAACAGCUCUUGAGCUUCAAAGCUUCAUUACCCAACCCAAACCCACUUCCAGACUGGCUCUCCAACAACUACCCUUGCAAUUUCACAGGCGUCACAUGCAAGUCCUCUCGAGUCUCUGCCAUAGACCUCAACUAUGCUCAGCUCAAUAUUGAUUUCUCAGCUAUCUCUUCCUUCCUCAUGUCCUUGCCCAAUCUCGAGACCCUUUCUCUCAAGGCCUCUAACAUCACUGGCUCGCUUUCUUCAUCAACCAAAACUCAAUGCAGCGCUGUCUUGAACGCUAUAGAUCUGGCUGAGAAUGGCCUCUCAGGACCCAUCUCAGACCUCUCUUCCAUCUUCACUUCUUGCUCCAGCUUGACCUCUCUCAACCUCUCCAAAAACUCAUUCGAUUUCAGCCACGGAGCCAAGGACUAUUCCAAUGGAUUUCGAUUCAAGUUCACGGAAUUAGAUCUAUCUUACAACAAGAUUUUGGGGCAGAACGUCCUCCCCUGGCUUCUCUCCGGCGGCUGCGGCCAGCUCCAGUACUUGUCCGUCAAAGGAAACAAAAUCUCCGGCGACGUUCCCGUACUCGAUUGCAAGAACUUGGAGUACUUAGAUCUCUCUUGUAACAAUCUUACUACUGGGUUUCCUUCAUUCGGGGAUUGCUCUUCCCUCCAACACCUCGAUUUGUCGUCAAACAAGUUCUCCGGCGACGUCGCACUUUCUCUCUCCUCCUGCAAGAGCAUCUCCUUCUUGAACCUCACCAGCAACCAGUUCACCGGCACAGUCCCGGCUCUUCCAGUCGGGUCUGUGAAGUUCUUGUAUCUGUCUAAGAACGAUUUUUAUGGCGAAAUACCAUCCCAGCUUGCUGGGUCUCUGUGCUCGAGCUCGAAUGGUCUGGUGGAGUUGGAUCUUUCUUUCAACAAUUUGUCUGGCUCUGUUCCUGAUAGUUUGGGGUCCUGCUCUGCCAUGGAAUCUCUUGACAUCUCCAAUAACAACUUUUCUGGUGAGUUACCGAUUGGGACUCUAGUCAAAAUGGGUAAUUUGAAGAACAUUUCGUUAGCAUUUAACAAAUUUGAGGGUGGUUUGCCUGAUUUGUUCUCAAACUUGACAAAUCUAGAGUCACUGGAUUUGAGUUCUAAUAGCAUUAGUGGGUUCAUACCUCCUGGUAUUUGUCAAGAUCCUGGGAACAUGUUGAAAGUUCUGUAUCUUCAGAACAAUAAGUUGGCAGGUCCGAUACCGGAGAGUCUGAGUAACUGUACUCAGCUGGUUUCUCUUGAUCUGAGCUUCAAUUUCCUCACUGGGGGAAUCCCUGCUAGCUUGGGUUCCCUCUCCAAGCUCCGGGAUUUGAUGAUUUGGUUGAAUCAACUGGUUGGGGAAAUCCCACCAGAGUUGAUGUAUAUUCAGACUUUGGAGAAUUUGAUUCUUGAUUUCAAUGACUUAAGAGGGACAAUCCCCGAUAGUUUGAGCAAUUGUACCAAAUUGAAUUGGAUUUCAUUGUCAAAUAACCAGCUGACCGGUGAGAUUCCGGCCUCGUUGGGCCGGUUGGCUAAUUUGGCAAUCCUCAAGCUUGGAAACAACUCUUUCGCUGGUAGGAUCCCGGCAGAGCUAGGGGAUUGUCGGAGUCUGAUAUGGUUGGAUCUCAAUACGAAUAUGUUGAAUGGGACUAUCCCACCUGCUCUGUUCAAGCAAUCUGGGAAUAUAGCCGUGGGUUUGCUCACUGGGAAGAGGUAUAUUUAUAUCAAGAAUGAUGGAAGUAAGCAGUGCCAUGGAGCUGGGAAUUUGCUUGAGUUUGGAGGAAUCAGGCCGGAGCAGUUGGACAGGAUUUCGAGCAGGCACCCUUGCAACUUCACUAGAGUUUACAAAGGGAUCACCCAACCCACAUUCAAUCACAAUGGAUCGAUGAUUUGGCUUGACCUUUCUCACAAUUUGUUGGAGGGUAGUAUUCCAAAGGAGCUUGGGUCCAUGUACUAUCUCUCUGUAUUGAAUUUGGGGCAUAAUAGUCUCUCUGGUCCCAUUCCUCAAGAGCUUUCAGGCUUGAAGUCGGUUGCAAUUCUUGAUUUUUCGUAUAAUCGGCUUAAUGGGUCGAUCCCACCAUCGUUGUCCGGCCUUUCACAGCUUGGUGAUAUCGAUCUGUCAAACAACAAUCUCUCUGGAAUGAUUCCUCAAUCGAAUCCUUUCGACACGUUUCCUGAUUUUAGAUUCGCUAAUAAUUCGGGACUUUGUGGGUACCCUCUUUCUGCUUGUGGGGCAGAUUCAAGCGCUAGUUCAAACCAGCAUCAGAAGUCUCAUAGGAAACAAGCAUCCCUAGCAGGAAGCGUGGCUAUGGGGUUAUUGUUCUCUCUUUUCUGCAUCUUUGGUUUGAUAAUAGUAGCUAUUGAAAGCAAGAAAAGGAGGAAAAAGAAGGAUGCUGCACUUGAAGCAUAUAUAGAUGGUCAUUCCCAUUCUGGCACUGCAAACACCAGUUGGAAACUAACCGGUGCACGUGAAGCGUUAAGCAUUAAUCUCGCCACGUUUGAGAAGCCCCUUCGGAAGCUGACGUUUGCAGAUCUUCUUGAAGCCACCAAUGGCUUCCACAAUGACAGCCUUAUCGGCUCUGGUGGCUUUGGUGAUGUAUACAAAGCCCACUUGAAGGAUGGAAGCACUGUAGCUAUUAAGAAACUCAUACAUAUCAGUGGACAGGGGGAUCGGGAAUUCACUGCUGAAAUGGAAACCAUUGGGAAAAUCAAGCACCGAAACCUUGUUCCUCUCUUGGGCUACUGCAAGGUGGGAGAGGAACGGCUUUUGGUGUAUGAGUACAUGAGAUAUGGAAGCCUAGAAGAUGUUUUACAUGACCGCAAGAAAAUUGGGAUCAAGCUAAAUUGGGCUGCAAGGAGAAAAAUUGCAAUUGGGGCUGCGAGGGGAUUAGCUUUUCUUCACCAUAACUGCAUUCCACAUAUAAUUCACAGGGAUAUGAAGUCGAGCAAUGUAUUGCUUGAUGAGAACUUGGAAGCCAGAGUGUCUGAUUUUGGUAUGGCAAGGCUCAUGAGUGCAAUGGACACACACUUGAGUGUCAGCACACUAGCUGGGACUCCUGGUUAUGUCCCUCCUGAAUACUAUCAGAGCUUUAGAUGUUCCACCAAAGGUGAUGUUUACAGUUAUGGUGUAGUUUUGCUUGAAUUGCUAACAGGAAAGCAACCAACAGAUUCAGCGGAUUUUGGCGACAACAAUUUGGUAGGGUGGGUGAAGCAGCACGCGAAAAUGAAAAUAAGCAAUGUUUUUGAUCCUGAGCUAAUGAAGGAGGACCCAAGCUUAGAAAUGGAGCUUCUACAACACUUGAAGGUAGCUUGUGCUUGCUUGGAUGACAGGCAAUUUCGACGCCCAACAAUGAUUCAAGUCAUGGCUAUGUUCAAGGAAAUCCAAGCGGGGUCUGGGAUCGAUUCAACCUCCACCAUUGCUACUGAUGAUGCUAGUUUUUGUGCAGUCGAAGGAGGGGUAGAGAUGAGCAUUAAAGAAGGCAAUGAGCUUGGUGUCGGUAAGCAGUAGAUGAGGGAAAAAAAAGAAAAAAAAAAAAAGAAAGAGAAAAAAUUCUUUGAAAGAAGAAGAAGAAGAAGAAGAAGAAGAAGAAGAAGAAGGGGGCCUGAUGGAUUGAUUCAGCUCCCAAAUUUUCCGCUCUUUGCCACUUCAAAUGUUGUAAAACUGCCUCUGUAUUAAUGUAUGUACCAUUAGACCCCUUAAAAAUGUUGUUAUUAUAUACAUAAAAAGGUUGUUUUAACAACCCAGUUGUAACACUGUACAUAUAUAGCUUUGCAGUUGAGUUUGUUAUGCUUAUGCCAUUUUUGUUCA